AUGGAGCUUCAUCUCCCGAGAUUCGUUCUUUCAACCUCCGCCCCCCCUCCCCCGCCAGCAGCCGAGCCGAACUCGCAUGCCGCAUUUGAUAUUACCCGCCACGCGCCGCGGUUCCCCCACCAUUUUACGGAUACCUUCCUCACGUUCACGCUUCGCCCCUCCACAUUACUGGCUUCUGAUCCUUGGGUCACGACUCUCGCCAUUCUGGGCGUUUCUUCUCUUUUCUUAUUGUCUGUCAUCCGGGGAUCUUUGUUAUACAACGUACACAUAUACAUCCAUCCUGGACCUCGGAUUUACAAGCUACGAGGCCAAGGGCCGCAUUGCAGGGGGGAGGGGAAAACAAGUUGGUGGAGUCCCUUCGCCCCCCGCACCCAGGAUCACGGCUUGGAAACUGCAGUGUCUGCCUGCAUGUGUCGUCCCAACCUUGUCGGGGGCCCCUUGCCCUGUGGCGAGAGAGAUGCCGAUGCCGAUGCCAAAGUCCGUAGCCUACAUACGGUGCUAGCACACGUCAGGCGGGAUCCUGUCCUGUCUCGUCUUCCGUGA